UUGCAGUCUUGUUACAAAGGCGCUUCUGUAGAUAAGAGGACGGAAAAUGAUAUCCUUGGACAAUCUUCGGAGGACAGUUGAGAACCCGUAACAGCACAAGAACAGCAGUUCUACAUCAGCCCUUCCCCAACUUGGUGGCCUCCUGUACUUGUGACCAUUGGGCAUGUUGGCUGGGGCUGAUGGGAGUUGAAGUUCAAAACAUCUGGAGGACACUUAAGAAUAUCCCAUAUACCGAGACUGUCCUUGGUGGUUUUUUGCCUGGAGAACUUGUUGUAAUACGUGGGAUAAUUCCGGAAGAUGCAGAGAGGUUCCAAGUAGACUUCCAGUGUGGCAACAGCUCAAAACCUCGUGCUGAUGUAGCCUUCCAUUUCAACCCCCGGUUCAAAAAAUCUGGUUGCAUUGUUUGCAAUACCCUGCAGAGUGAACGAUGGGGCUGGGAAGAGAUCACUUAUGAGAUGCCUUUUAAGAAAGGGAAGCCGUUUGAGAUUGUCUUUAUGGUUCUGCAUGAUAAAUUCCAGGUGUCUGUAAACGGAAAGCACGUCUUGCUCUAUAAGCAUAGAAUUAACCUUGAAAAAAUAGACACAAUUGGGAUAUAUGGAAAAGUGCAUGUCGCUAUGAUUGGAUUUGUUUCAAAUAAGCCUUUGCGAGGCUCUCAGCCAUCCUUGCUAGGGGCAACAAAGCAAAGCACAGGAAACGAAGAAACACCUGAUAGUUCACAAUUUGUAGUUCCUUACAUUGCACAACUUAAUUCUCCUCUUGAGCCCGGACGAACAAUUGUUAUUAAAGGAGAAGUCAAGGAAAAAGCAAAUAGCUUUGCAGUUAACCUUAAACCCAGUGACUCAAAUGAUAUUGCUCUGCACCUGAAUCCGCGAAUAAAAGAUAAUGCUUUUGUGAGAAAUUCCUACUUGUCUGACGGUUGGGGAGAAGAAGAAAAGCAGAUUUCUAAUUUUCCUUUCAAUCCAGGAAUGUACUUUGAGCUGAUAAUACUCUGCAAUGCCCACCAGUACAAAAUUGCUGUCAAUGGUGUGCAUACCUUGGAGUACAAACACCGCUUUAAACAUCUUGGCAAGAUCAACACUGUGGAAAUCUCAGGGGACAUUCGACUGCUAGAUGUGAGGAGUUGGUAGCUAGCUAUUAAUUUCAAAUUGCUUUUAGAAAACUGGGCUUCAUUAACCUUGAUCUACUACAAUAAAAAUAAAUGGAUGUUAAUUGCUUGCAGAAAACUCUGUAUACCUGCCCUAGAAAUAAACAAGUAUUCCAGCUAAUAACUAACUAUAGCUUAAAUAGUAAAUGUACACUAACAAUCCAUCAUAUACUAAGUGAUAAAUACCAGCGUUGCUACUGAGAUUACGCCUAAGGCCAAAUAGCGACUUUGAAAGCUGCAUCAAUGCAGGUUUUCCUGAAGCUAACACUGAUGCUGAUAACAGAAGGACUCACAGAAUCUCAAGAGCUUUUAUGUUCCCAACCUUUUCAGGCUUUCAACCUUUUGGAGCAUUUAUAGAAAUUAUGACCAACAUAUUUAUCCUAACUCAAGACACUAAAUAUAGACUUUUACCUUGUUGCACCCCAAUAGAUAUUCCGUAGGGACACCAUUAUUAUUAUUUUUUGCAAACCUAUACAGACUUACCAGGGAGUAAAUUCCAUUGAACCCAGUGAGGAAUAUUUGCCAGAUGAGUCUCUUUAAUUGUUGCACUACCCGUUCUAGAAGAGUCUAAAACUUCUAUUUCUGCACAUGGACACGAUUAAAAUGUAAAUGUUCCUGUUUGUUUUACCAGAUAAUUGUGUGGGGAGGCUGUGGGGGUGGGGGGCAUUGUCUAGGUAAUUGGUGAUUAGAGGCAUAUAAUCCAUUUUUUUUCAGCUGAACUACCCAAAAGAAUUGUAUACAACUCUGAUGUGUUCAGAAUUAAAAGUUGACUUCUGUGAAGCUAUAUAGAAAAAAUUAAAUAUGAUUUCCAAAAUAAAACUAACAUUCUAUAGAAUCCA